UCCCUCUUCAUCAGCAUUUCAUUUUCUCAGCGUCCAUUUCCAUCACUCUUUCAUUGUUUCUCAUCUCCAAUUUGAUAUUCUCAUCGACAUUACCAUCAAAACAUGAGCAGUGUGUGUGCCGAGCAGCACAAGUUUCACACCUCCCACCACCUCCUUUCAUCCAAGAAAACCCACAACCUCCUCAGAGAAGUAGACAUCCCACCGAGGAAACUCCUCACCCGCCGCACCGCCGCCCACCAAGACUUAUCAUUCUCCCACGACAUGUACGGCACCACCGACUCUCUCCGCUUCUCUGCUUCCGACGAGGCCCUCCUCCGCAAGUUCCUCCCCUACAACACCGGUGCCUCUGACGACGACGACGACGACGACGACCCCUACUCCUCUGACCACUUCCGCAUGUUCGAGUUCAAGGUCCGCCGCUGCACCCGCAGCCGCAGCCACGACUGGACCGACUGCCCUUUCGCCCAUCCCGGCGAAAAGGCCAGGCGCCGUGAUCCCCGCCGCUAUCACUACUCCGGCACAGUCUGCGCCGACUACCGCCGCGGUGGGUGUAGCCGUGGCGACAGCUGUGAGUUCGCACACGGUGUUUUCGAGUGCUGGCUGCAUCCGGCAAGGUACAGAACCGAGGCAUGCAAAGACGGCAAGAACUGUAAGAGGAAGGUUUGUUUCUUUGCUCACACGCCACGUCAGCUCCGCAUCUUGCCUGUGAAUCACUCACGGAGCUCUUCACCUGAUGAAGUGAUCUCUCCUAGCUCGGGUUCUUGCAAGAAGAGUAACAAGUACCUGAACUCGGCCAACUCGCCGAGUUCGACUCACUGCUGUUUGUUCUGCCGUUCUGUGACUUCUUCCCCGACUUCUACUCUGCUCGGUAUGUCGCAUCUGUCGCCGCCGAUGUCUCCCUACGGCGAAUCCAAGUGUCACUUCUCUAGCGGAUUGGAUCAGAUGCAUGCUAGCGCAGCUGGGAUGCUGAGCAACAAAGAUGUGCUUUCAGAGCUCAUGACCUCUUUGGAGGCCAUGAAGUUCAAUAACAUGGAAGCAACUUCUUCACCUGUUUCAUCACCAAUCAGUUCUGCUGCUGCUGCGGCUAAUUACCAGAAUACCCCGUUGGUUGACGCUUCUUCAUACAAUGCUUUUGCUGCUGCUGCUGCUGAAGAUCAGCAGCAACAGUUCAUUCUUUCACCAUCUACUCCAAGCCCUUUAUCAGCAGGAAUUAAUUUUUUCAGUCGCGGUAGUAGUUCUGGAAAUUGCUCGAGGAAAAGCUUGGUCUUCGAUGAGCAGAACAAUGCCACUGAAAUUAAUGGAGGGUGUGGCCCCGACCCUGAUCUUGGAUGGGUUAACGAUCUCUUGAUGUAAUUUGAGGAUUCUGACCAUUGCAUAACUGAUCCAUGAAGAUAUAUGAGGAAAUAAAGAUGGUGGGUGAUCCAUCUGGAAGUGUACAUAUACUUACUGCACCAGUCGUAUAUAUAUGUUGCUAUAUAUAUGUGAUUUGGUGUAAAUUAUUGUCAACUAUUUCGGAAUAUAUGUAAUAUUGUUGUCUGUUUUGAUUCGAUCAUGAUGAUCAUUUGUUUAUGUAAUUUGCUUUUAAAUUCGAGAGAGUAAUUAAUUAAUUAGGAGUUCUCUAUGCAUGUAU